GGUUGAGGAGGCCUUAAACAUCAAGCAUCCUCUUUUAAAGGAGGAAGGACCCAUAUAUGUGAAGCUUUGAAUAAAUGCUUCCUUUUUUAAAGCUUCUAGACCUGUUGCUGAAGAACUGACUGUGUCACGUUGCCAGGUUUAAACUCACAUUUUGCUUUAAAUUUGGAUUAAUUUGGGGUCGUGUGCUUAAUAUAUACCUUAAAAGUACAAACAGAUGAAGAAGGACCGUCAGACUCCGAUGGCGGCUCUGUCUGAGAACGUGCUGACAGUCAACAUGUUACUGGGUGUUUUCUUUCUUCCAGGUGUUGUGGCCACAACAACACACCUUCACAUUACUACCUCAAGGGAGAUAGAAGCACUAAGUGGAUCUUGUUUGCAUAUCCCCUGUACAUUUGAAGCAAUCACAGGGGAUGCUAGUUUUAACAAUACUAUUGAAAUCAUUGGACUUUGGUAUAAAACUGAUCAUAGCAGGAAAACUAAUGUAGUUUUUAACAGCAGCAAAUCAGUCAAUGCCUAUCCAAUGAACAUAACUGGAAACCUCAAGAAAAAUGACUGCACAACUCUAUUUUCUUAUUUAAACACCAGCCAUCAAGGUCAAUACUAUUUCAGAAUAGAGAACGGGAAAUUUAAGGCAUCAGCUGUUCCUGUUCAAAUAAACGUUAAAGAUUCUGCCGGGAAACCAAACAUUACUAUUUCAGGUGAUCAAACAAAUCUGAAGGAGCAUCAGUCUGUCACUGUAACCUGCUCAGCUUUCACUCCCUGUCCACACUCACCUCCUGAACUCACCUGGAAUCUCCAACAAGACUCUCUCAGACAAACAGAGAAAAACACAAAUGGAACCUUUACAACUAAAAUCCAGGAGAACAUCACUCUGUCAGACACACAUGAUGGAUACAACAUCAGAUGUUCUGCCAGAUAUCCUGUGAUUGGGGGAAACAAGACAGCAGAGACAGAAGUGACUCUCAGUGUUUCCUAUGCUCCUAAAAACACCUCAGCAUCCAUCAGUCCAUCAGGUUUGGUGUCAGCAGGUAGCUGGGUGGAGCUGAACUGCUCCAGCAGAGCCAAACCUCCACCCAGCUUCACCUGGUUCAGGAUCAGUGAACAUGGAGCCACUAAAGUGUCUGUGGAGCAGAUUUACAGCUUCAAUGCUACUGAGGGAGGAGAGUAUUACUGUGUGGCUAAAAAUGAUCUGGGAAAUCAGACCUCAUCAAUGAGGUUUCUUAGGAUUAAAGGUAUAUUGUAUGGACAUCUUUUCUGGCUGCCAAUUGCACUAGCAAUUGUCCUGUUGGUGCUCAUUGUUUUGGUUAUUUAUGUGAGAUAUUUCAAGUCCAAACAGCCAACUCAACAACAGACUCAGACUCCAGCUGGUGAGGAGGAGGCUGCGGUACGAACACCGUCUGCUGCAGCGGAAGAACUGCAGUAUGGAGAAGUGACUUUCUUCAAGAGGAAACCUGAAGCUUCCUCCACCUCAGAGGAGCACGGCGAACAGGAAGAGACAGUUUAUACAGGCAUCAAAGUGUCCAAGUCAAGAAAGAGCUCAUCACACACCACUUACUGUCCAGAUGAUGCCUAUGCUCAAGUGAAGAAAAAGUAACUUUUCAUUUAAAAUAAGUUAGCUAAAGACCUCUCUUAAAGCUACUUUGCAUCUCUUAGCAACAAUGCAUAUUUAUCAUGUGCUCUAUUAUGAUACGUUUUUGUGCAGUUGUUUUGUUAUUUAUAUUUUAUUUUGGGUUGUGUGGCUUUUACACCUUGCAUGGCAUUGUGACAGGAAGUAAUCAUUUUCUUUUUUUACUUCAACAAAGUAUAUAAAGCCUAACCUUCUUAAUUUUUAUUAAAAGGAUACGUUAAACACACAAAGUGAGGAAUUUUAUUUUCACUUAAU